AUGGGGUGGUCAUCGACACCCCAUGACGGCGACGAGGCUACCACCACACCGCCGCCGCCGGUGCUCAAGAACACUGCCAUGGCCAGCCGCUUCCAGCUGCUCGAGGUGCUCGGCUCUGGGACGUUCGGAGUCGUUCACCGGGCGCGGGAACGACGUACCGGCGAGAUUGUGGCCAUCAAGUGUCUCCGUGCGAGCAUCCAGGACCCCGACGGCCACUAUUUCGCCGCCGAGGUCAGGGCUCUCGAGACCUGCAGCGGACACCCGUCGAUCGUGCAGCCGCGUGCCUCCGGCCUCCUCGGCGGCCAGGCCUUCCUCGCCAUGGAGUUCGUGGGGCCGACCCUCAAGCACGUCAUGAAGCGCGACCGCUUCAGGAGGAGACACACGGAGCUGGAGGUUCGCCUGAUCAUGAGACAGCUCCUCGCAGGCGUGAGAAGGAUGAACCGUCUAGGCCUCAUGCACCGCGACCUCAAGCCGGACAACGUGCUCGUCGACGGCCGCGGAAACGUCAAGAUUUGCGACCUCGGGCUAUCCUGCAGCUUCACCGGCGGCCCGCCCUACUCCAACCCUGUCGGGUCACGAGGGUACCGCGCGCCGGAGAUCAUCCUCGGAUCCACGGACUACGACGAGCGCAUCGACACGUGGUCGCUCGGUGUGAUCAUGGCGGAGCUCCUCGCCGGCAAGCACCCGUUCCUUGGGAAGACGGACAAGGAGAACCUCAGCGAGAUCUUGGACAUUCUGGGCACAGCAGACAUCAAGGAGUGGCCGGGCUACAAUGGCCAGCGGUUGCCAGCCGGCGGAAGCCAGCCCGGGAGCUUGCUGCGUCACAGAUUUCCCAGUCCAGGGGUGGCCAGGAUCAGAGGCCCGCCAACACUUUCAGAGGCUGGUUUCGAGGUGCUGAGCGGCCUCCUGCGAUGCAAUCCGGAGAAGAGGCUCACGGCGGGGCGCGCGCUUCAGCAUCGGUGGUUCAAGGAAGCCAACCCUAGGACUACAAGGAGCUGAUCCCCACAAAAAGAAG